ACUAGACAGGGGUAGCUGGCCGGCAAGACCUCGGCAUCACCAGAUUCACCUGAAUAGCUUCACAACAGCCGCCACUAGCGUCAAAAAGCGAAGCGAGAAAAUUACAUAUUCUCUACCCCUUUGACCACAAAAAGUCCUUUCUGAAACUCAAUUCAAACUUUUUGUGGCCACCAAGCCGGGUGGAAAUUCAACACCAUAACCUGGUAACGAUUCAGGCUGACCUCGGCCAGGUCCUGAUACACACUCAAAUCUGUGAAUGGUUACAACUACCAGACAAUCAUAGUCGCCAGGUACCAUAUGAGUUCCUACGUACCUGGUAGAGACAGAUUGCACCUCAGCGCUAGCAAGACGAAAAUCACCGGGAUCGUAAAGAAUCGAGCGAAUUCCUGGAACAAUCUCAUCGCUGCGCACCAAGCGGACCGAGAACGUAGCCACGUCGCCAAAGCCUUCCUCAGCGACCAGGUAAAAACAGCCAUAGAUCGAGAAAGAAGACAACAAGCUGACGAUCUCAAAAGACUGGGUCCGAUUCCAAAAGACCCCUUCCCUGAUAUCCUCCCAGCCUUCGCAGACCCCAAGCGCACCUCCGCCUUCACUAGGUUAUUUCGCAAGAUGCCUGCUCCACCACCCACCUUUUUUGACCGGUUCGCUCAGGACUGGUCCCCGGCCCCUAGACACACCACCUUUGAGAAAGAGGCUGUUCUACCAUUUCCAUCCUACUUCCAGGUUCUUAUACCGGCAAUGGAGUGUGGACGAUAUGACUUGGACACUUUAGAAUGGGAUCUGAAUUAUGACGCCGCAGUCGACCGGGUCACAAAAUUCAUUGCUUUCCACGAGAAGCUAGCCGAGAAGGCCACUGAUGAUCACUGCAGAACCUGGCACAAAGGUAUGGUUCGAGCUUCCACUGGAGUACAAAAGCAAUGGCUAGAAACCAAGGAGGACUAUGCCGGAAUCGAGGGAUACGCAAGCUGCAUCCUGAGCUUGGUAUACCUCAAGAUGGAAUGGGAAUGCCUCCAGGGUACCGAAUACCGGGUUGGGUCAUACAAUCUUCGGGGAUGCCCAUCCGAUGAAUGUGGUGGCCAUUUCAGAGAUAAGAACGACCAGGAGUACCCGGCCGAGCCUGAGAGACGCCAACACAAACUGUCGGACCUUUUUUCCGUACCGAAUAACAAGCUCCACAUUCGAGAUCUGAGCCUCCUGCAAACAACCUUUCCAGAAUUUAAGAAUCGGCACUUGCGCUCUCCAAAAGCCUUGACCGCUUUGACCAAGUACUUCAGCGUCCUCCUGAGCCAGGACCCAAACGGAUGGAUCACAAAGGGCCGAACCUGGGGGGUCCAAGCUGGCACCUACGAAGCUGACAAGAACAAGUAUUUCAAAAGAGUGGUCACACUUCAGCUUAACAAAUCUGAAGCGCACAAGGUAGUAUUGUCGAAAUACGUUACCGCCUUUGAUAAGAACGGAGUCUACUUGACAGGCUUUGAAUACAAGACAGGAUCCGAUUCAACUACCUGGGCAAAAGUCAGAGAUUGCGUUAAUUCGUACCAGCCUUACGACAAAUUCAACUUCCCUAAGAAUGAUCGGAAGGGAGAGAAGCUCGCAUUCUACCAGGGACUUGCUGACCGCGGUUGGUGGGCCCCAGUCGCGGAGGCCCGAGUUCGCUUGAAGUUCCCAACUUGGAGAUAUUCGAGAAAUGCUGUCUUAACCAACCACCAUCUCUGAUUGUCCCAACUGGUAAACCUCACCCCGACCAUGCAUUUGGUACAGACCUCCUCGAGGCGGUAGGGAGACUGGGUAGGAAAGGAAGAUCGAGUUCUACACCAAGUAGUGGUGGGGCCCGGAAGAGAUCAGGGGGCAGUUUGUUAUCUGCGGAAAAGGCCGAAGACGAUCCCAUCGACACUAUUGAGAAGCCAGAACCACCUUCGGACUACGAGGGUCCUCCUCGGCCCCGCCGAAGAAAGAUGCCGGACCUAGGUUGGGUCAAAGAUUUCGAGUUGAAUGCUAGAGAGAAUUAUUCUGGAGCUAGUGCACAGAAGGCUCGCGAUUUCUUUGGUAUAAAGCUGGGUGACAAGAAGAUGACACUACUUCCAAAUCUCCACCAAGAUGAUUUCCCCGAACCAAGUGACCAAGAAAUGCAGGUCUGGUCAACGAAGUUCGACCCGGACUCGGUUGACACGGCAAGGAAGGCUUACGAAAUUGCCCUCGAGUACCAAGACCUGUAUAACAAAGCCCAGUACCUGAGACGAAAAGUGCCAACCUUGGACUUGAAAAAGAUGACUGACUACGGAGGACCGGCGCCCCUCGAACGCGAAAUGGACGAGAUCUGGGAAAAUGGCAUUGAAGAGGGACAUCCAACCCCGGAAGCCUUUUUCCGAGAUAGCACCAAGUGUGCUCGGAUUGCUAAAAGCCCUGUCAUGUUAGUUGACGGAAUCCCGUCGAUCCUCUUGGCUUCAAUUACCCUCGUACGAAUCCCAGCGAUGACCUACCUGGCAAACGUUAUCGGUCGUUCAAAAUGCCAUAAGCAGAAUUUCCUUGAUGCUAAGGCUAGGAUCAUCGAGCUCGAGGACCAAGAGGACCGGGGACGCCAUCGCAAGGCUAAAAUAAAGCAGCUGCUAGAGCAAGAAAAAGCCAACAAGAAGAUCCAACCCGCUGACUCUGUUCAGUCUACUAGGUCGCCAAGUCCAGCGUACCUGGAGAUUCCAGAAUAUUCCGAUGCCCUUAAACCUGCUACGUUGGAAGAAAUGGAAGCGUACAGACUUAAACACUACCCUGAGGUAGGUAAGAGAAUCUGGCGAAAGUUUUGCAAAGGAAGUCUAGUGGUGGAAGCCUUCCAAAAGCCAGCUAUGAUUCGCAAAAAGAAGGUCAAAGACUUCCUCGCCAAAUAUCUGAUCGAAAACCCAGUCGAUAAGGCCCGGGAAGACGAGACUCCGAAGAGACCGACUCUCCCAGAAGGAGUAAGAUGGCACACCGACCUCACGAAGGAGGAGUCACAGCACUACCACGAUAGCCAACGUUACUGGUAUGUCAACACUAUGUCCCGGUCCUUGGAGCAGUACAUCAAAAUCUGCGAGGGAUUCAUGGCAUACCCACAGAAGGCCGACCCAGACCUGGAUGUGGAGUCAUACGCAGUUAUUGCAGCCAAUACUAUUCUAGCAUUCCGACCAGCGUGCUUCAACGCCACGUCGGCCCAGGCCGUGGAAGAAGAAGUUACUCGUGUUCUCGCGCAGAUCCAUACCGAGAUGGAAGCUGAGAACCCACUGACUUGGGAGAGCCCUACCCCGACUUGGUUGACGGAGCGCAUUAUGCAACUCGAUGCUCAACCUUCUCCAUAUCCACCUACCCCAGAUCUUGCACAAAUCUCUAAUAUUGGAGAUCUUGUAAGCUGGACCACGGAAGACCUCCCCCGACUUGGAUACUUCUUCGAUGACUACCUGACUCCUGCGGAAGAUACCCAAGAAUCUGAGCAUCAAACCCAGGAUGUGGUACAAAUACCUAGUCCCCGGCUCCAGAAAACUCGACCAUACUCAAGUAGACUAGGUGACAUCUCGGACUACGAAUAUGACAUGACUGCCGACUGUGUCUCGUCGGAUGACACAGAUGAGCGAGAAGAUUCGGACUUCAAAUCGCACCGGGGUGGGUUGGUUGAUAUAGCAGUCACCGGGUCAUCCCAGCACAGCACCGAUGAUGACACCGAACAAUACCGAUCCGCCCUACGUAACCUCGACCUACAAGUGGAGGACAUCCAGGUCGUUCUUGAGGAUCCCUCAUACAUCUUGUUCCACAAAAACCUGGCUGUUGUCUACAAUUCCUUGAAAAAUGGCAAUAUUCCUACCUUUGCAAAGAAGAUGGACAAAUACGCCCUUCGUAUCCCUCUGCGCAAGUUACUUACCAUCCUAAAGUUCAAAACUGAGACAUUAUAUAGAGAAGAAGAGUCGGUCCAAACCCAGGUCAGUCGUAUCCUUAAGUCCACGUGGAAGGAUUUGCAUGUUACCGUGAAGGACAUGACCCAGGGUGUUUGGAUGUACACGUUUUACCUCUGGGUACAAAGCCUGGUAAUUCGAAAGCACUCCCGCUUGCCAUCCCACCAUGGUAACCACAUCGAGCCUGCUAUGUGGAGAUGUCAAAUUUUCGCCGCCGUAUACCAGCAGUACGCAGCCUCGGUUACUAAGCUCCUGGGAAAAGAUGCACUUAUAUCUAACCCCUCAGAAAAUGAUGGGGAUCCACGACGUUCAGACUACGAGGUAGUAAAGGCAAAACUCCCAGAGCCAACUAUCGUACACCUCUCCGACGAAGACGAGGUAGCUGACGGUCCUGUGAAAAAGGUCGACCAAAAGCGCCCACGUGAAAAGGAGAGCCAGGCUGGGGGAGCCGGAGGCACGGAGCAGGGUCAACCACCUUUAAAGAAACAGAAAGUCCAGUCCGAGAAGACAGAGUUGACCCAGGCAAUCAAAAACGGCACACCACCCAAGCCCAACCCGCCAGGUACAAAAGUCUCGUCAGUGAUCCCGUCACAAACAGCCCUCAAGCCUCACACGCCUAAGCACAAGGCAGACGUGGUUGCGGACUCCGACCUGGACCUGGGUGAUGUUGAUGCCCUCAUGGCAAACAUGACCGAAUUGCACUCUGGCCAUGGUGAGGAUGACUAAGUCGCAGAGGUGUCUAGCAGUGCGACUAUACCACCUGCUUAAUCACUCCAGGGACAGGUUGACUAUGGGAGGACCUAGUGGCGGAUAGAUACAUUUGAGAGGAUGAGUCAAAAAUGGGGUGAAGUGGCGUUUGAUUUGAGAACCAGGGUUGUAAAUUAGAAACAAGGUUUUUCCAAGCUUUUACGGUUGAUUAAUAUGAUUAUACACGACAAGUAGGCACCUGGAGGAGCGUCGGAGGAAGAAUACUAUGCCCACCGUGGUCGGAGUAGGACUUGGUAUUUGGACGAAGCUGUGCCAGGUAGCUAGCACCAAAACGGACUUGGUUUCAGAUUAGAGGUCU